CAACUUGGCUUGGAAAAUAUAGAUUUUUCACUAAUACUUCUUCAUGAAGUUUCAUUAAUUAUAAGUGUUUGCUGUGGUGAAAAUCCUGUAUUUAUAGGUUUGACUGUGUUCAAUAUAUAAUCAUAUUAACGCAGGUGACAAUGAACACCACCGCUCAAUUGGCGCAGAUAGCAAACGUCCAGAGCGCUUUCAGCGUCCUGGCGAUGCUCAACAUGUAUGGCUACUUGUAUCCCGAAGAUGCGAAGGUUUCUGAUGGAGACACGUAUGACUACAUAGUUAUAGGAGGUGGCACUGCAGGAUGUGUGGUGGCUGCUAGGCUGGCUGAAGCAAACUUUAAGACCUUGAUAAUAGAAGCAGGUCCUAACCCAAGCAUAGAUAAUAACUUGCCAGGCUUAGUGACUUACCUUAUUAACUCUCAUUCUACAUGGAACUUCACUACACUGGACGAUGGAUUUACGGAGAAGUGCCAUCAACAGGCAGGAGUUUACGAUCGGGGUUAUGUUCUAGGAGGCUCUGGCGCUGUUGACUACAUGAUAUAUUCACGUGGAAACCCUAGAGACUACGAAAGAUUUUCUAUAGCGAGCAACGACCCUUCUUGGAAUUGGACUAAUAUGCAAAAAUACUUCAAAAAAAGUGAAAAACUAUAUGAUACACGUGUUCUCAAGUCACGCUAUGGAAAAUAUCAUGGCACUGAAGGUAAUAUUGGAGUGACAAAAGAAAAUCGAUCAGUAUGUGACGAAUAUUUGGAAGCUUAUAAAAAUGCUGGUGAACCAGUUGUUCUUGACGGCAUUGGAGCUGGUAUUUUGGGAUAUUCUACAGCCUUGUACCACAUUGCGGAAGGGGUUCGUACUGAAACUGCCACCGGUUAUCUGACUCCUAUUAAAGACAAUCCUAAUUUACACAUAACGAGAGGCAGUAUGGCAACAAAAAUAAUUUUUGACGAUAACAAAACUGCUGUAGGUGUAGAAUUUGUUAAGAAUGGCCAAACUAUAACCGUGAAAGCAAGGAAAGAAGUAAUUCUCACAGCUGGUCCUUUUAAAUCACCACAAUUGCUUAUGCUAUCAGGAAUAGGUCCUAAAGACGAUUUGGAGGGAAUGAAUAUAGACGUCAUAUCAAAUCUUCCUGUAGGGAGAAAUCUGCAAAAUAGUAUAGGACCAAUGAUGUGUUUUAAAACAAACAGGGAAGCAAACCCUGAGCCUUUCGAUGCACAUCAGCUCGUUGCACCAAUGAUAAUAGGCAACACGGCUCUGAACAAAUCUAGCCACCAUCCAGAUUAUGUAACCGUGAACUUCAUUGUCGAUGACUAUUCAUACUUUUUAUCAUUUUGUGCAUUUACCAUUGGUUUAGAAAACUCAGUUUGUGACCGGAUAUACUCUUUAGCUGACAACAAGCAAAUGUUAUUAACAGUGUUGCUAAAUGUGAUUCCUAAAUCUCAGGGAGUGGUGAAGUUAAGGAGUACUGAUCCCUUCGACCAGCCGCAAAUAUUCAACGGGUAUUACUCGAACGACGAAGAUUUAGAUGCUGUUGUUGAAUACAUGAAGGAUUACGUUAGAAUAGAGGGUUUUUCGAAGUUUCAAAGCAUGGGUUUAGAGUUUUUGAAGGCUACAGACAAAUGUGACCAGUUCGAGUUUGGAAGCACGGAGUACUGGCGAUGUUACGCAUUAUGUAUGGUAGCAUCGACUAUAUUCCAUUGUGGUACUUGUCCUAUGGGUACUGUGGUGGACAAUCAAUUGAAUGUGAUAGGAGUGCACAGACUUCGAGUCGUGGAUGCUAGUGUAAUACCUAAUCCUGUAAGUGGUAGCAUUUUUGCCCCACUAGUUGCAGUUGCAGAAAGAGCAUCGGAUCUUAUAAUUAAAAGCACCCAUUAGAAAUGUUAAGUUACAAAUUAAAUGGGUAGCAUUUUCAAAACAAAUUGAUUGAUGAAAUAAACAUUUAGAGCAGUU